UUGUGCCUUCCUCCGGUUGCGUGUCGCAGGCACGUCGCCACGCGACUGCCAGCGAAGGCCGCACCGGCCUUCGCACGGUGCAUCAUCCAGAUGCUGCAAAUGCAUCGCUCGCAGUGCGCGUGGCGGCGGAGGCCGAUCCACAGACAAAAGGACGCUCAGCCACCGCACCACGUAUGGCCCACCGGUGCUGCAACGCGACAACCGCCGCCCUGCAGAGGAAAGUAAUGUCAAACAUUGCAAAAGAAAAAUGCUACACAUCGAGGCCGGUCAUUGACCAUGUGCAAUUGCAGUACUAUAACUUAUACCAGUUGUUUUAAAACGUAGUUACUAUGUUACGAAGAUAUUGUAGAGUUAACAAUAAUGGCGCUAUCAGUCACCUUUGACGACCAACUUAUCACAACCACCGAUGUUAAUGACAGUUCCGCUUCCAACUGGGAUGCGCUGUAUUGCUCACAUUUGUGGUCUGACAGUAAUUUGCGAAGAGAAGUGUUAAACGCGACCUACACUGACAAUAAAGUUAUAAAAUAUUGUUACACAUGUAAGGGAAAAAUAAGAAAAUAUGAAAUCAGAUCACCGAGACAAGAUUUUGUACCUGAUAACCAUUCCACUCCUAUUCCAAAGCUAACUAUAAAAGAUGAACGACAUCCUAAUAGACCAAUAAACACUUCCUUCUGUCACACCGACAACGUCUCUAAUAAUGUAGAGACAGGCCAAAGUAUACCAACAAUAUCACGUCACAUAGAUUCAAGUUUCAGGCAAAAAUAUACAACAUAUGAAAUGCGUCCUCAUGAAAUGAACCAUAGAAGAAUUCGAAAAAGUCUGAAAGGCAUUGGCUGUAUUGUUAACCUAGCCCUGGUUGACAGUCCAGUAAAAAAAAGGACUCAAAUACAAGCCUGCUCAAUAAGUGUCAUGAUUAUAGCUAUCGUAGUUAUAAGUUUUAUUUUAGUUAACUUUACCACUCCUAGCUUUACGAAUUCUAAUGAUGUUGUUACUAGUACAAUUGUAGUGCCAACUAUGAGUUCCAAUGAAACGUCUUCUAUUAUAAAUAAAUAUGACAAAACUUUACAAUCUGUAAAUUUCAACGUCACUGAACAGGUGACAAUCACAGAAAAUGAUGGUAUGCCCUUAACAAGCAGCAUAUCAUCAGAAACAAGUAUUACUGGCGACUCUGAUGGAGUUCCAAAAGAAUCUAAACUGAAAGUAGCCAUAGAUCUUACGUCAGAAACGUCGACCAAUUUACCCCCAAACUUUUGCUCGUGCCAAACAAGCGAAAUAUGUAUGUUGGAAACGACUACUGGGAAAGGAGUAUGCAGGACACCCGUGGACCAAGAUGACCCUACAGGAUGUGGAGGUUUGUGCGCGUUGAAUACUGAGGCAUGUCGUGAAAUAGACAAGAUUACUGGAGUAAAGUACUGUCUCUCUUUACUGGGUCCUACAUCAUCAUGUUUGGAUGAAGAGUGGCAAUGUCGCAAUUCUCGUUGUGUCCCGAAUGAAGCUCGUUGCAAUGGCACUCCUCAAUGCUACGAUAAGUCCGAUGAAAUGAACUGCGAAUGUGAUCUAACAAAGAAUUUUCGUUGCGGUCACUCAAUGUCAUGUCUUCCCAAAGCAAAACGCUGCGAUAGAGUCGUUGAUUGCUGGGACGGCUUCGACGAAAUUAAUUGCACUGCGGUGUGUCCAAACGAAGACCAGUUUACAUGCAACACCGGUCAGUGCAUCGAGUUGGCUCUUUUUUGCGAUGGCCUUGCGGACUGCGCGGAUGGCAGCGAUGAGCCACAGGGCUGUGGUGGGCCGUGCCGCUCUCACGAGAUGCACUGUGCUAACGGCCGCUGCAUUCCUAAUUUCCGUCGAUGUGACCGCCACGACGACUGCGGUGAUAUGUCCGACGAAUUCUUUUGUUCCGAUUCCACAUCUCUGUAAGGGUUAUAUUUGUAAUGUCCUAUGGUAAUAACCCAUCACGUAUAAUAUUAAUUGUGAAUUCGGAAAUACAAAGUCCAUAUUGUUUAAGUCGUUCAUAAAUUAUGCAGUGAAAAGCUGCAGUUAGGGAUAGUCUCCGGAUUAGUACCUUAGAACGAAACUUUACAUUAUUUUUGUCUAAGAGAAAUAUCUCUUUUUAUGAUACAUAAUACCAAAAUACUACAGUAAAGUUUAACUUUCGUUUUCGUAUUUAAUUUAGUGGGUUUUCUCUAACACAUAACGAUAGUAAUAAGAAUUAAAAGUUAUUAAACAUUUACCU